AUGACGAAAUUCAGAGAACUUCCAGGGGAUUUGGUAGAGGAGAUACUCUGUCGCGUUCCGGCCACAUCUGUGAAGCGGAUGAGGGUGUGUCCGAUGAGCGUGAAUCUUGACGGACAUCCUCCAUCCGUAGAGGUUAAAGCUGAGCUUAGCCUACUCGAUCCGCGUUCUAGAAACUCAGCCUUCCAAUUAGAUGUAGCUCAAGUGUUUCAUUGCGACGGCUUGUUGCUAUGCACCUCCAAGAAACCAGAACCUAGAUUCGUGGUUUGGAACCCGUUUACUGGUCAAACCAGGUGGAUCGAACCCGGUGGCAAGAUAUGCAUCGAGUUUGCUCUGGGAUACUAUCAAGACAAGAGAUCCAAUACUAGGAGCUACAAAGUAUUGAGCUUCUAUAAUGGUAUUAAUGACCUAGAUUCGGAAAUAUACGAUUUUGACACUGAUUCUUGGAGGAUUCUUGAUGGUGAUAGCGUUAGACGACGGGCUUGUAGAUGCGAGGAUCAGAUGGUGUCUUUCCAGGGAAACACUUACUGCCUUGCUUGGGAUACCGAAAAAC